AUGUUUUCUUAUUAUUCUAUUGUCUUUCUCUUUUCCCUACACUUAUUUAUUAUAUUUUUUAGCGUUUUGUUUUAUUUGCUCUUCGUUUCUUUUUUCUUCUUGUCUCUUCUUCAUCUACUGUCUGCUUUUUCUUCUCUUAUUGGGGCUUUUUUUUUCUAUUAUCCACUCUUCUAUUCCUUUCUUCUUUUUCUAUCAUCUCGUUUUCUUUUCUUCUUCUUCUUCUUCUUUUCUAUCAACUCGUUUCUUCUCCUUCUUCUUCUUCUUCUUUUUCUAUCAUCUCGUUUCUUCUUCUUCUUCUUCUUCUUCUUCUUUUUCUAUCAUCUCGUUUCUUCUUUUCUCAACUCUUUUCUUCUUCUUCUUCUAUCAUCUCGUUUCUUCUUCUUUUCUAUCAACUCGUUUCUUCUUCUUCUUCUUCUUCUUUUUCUAUCAUCUCGUUUCUUCUUCUUUUCUAUCAACUCGUUUCUUCUUCUUUUUCUUUGCGGUCUUAUUUUUCUUAUUUUCCUCUCUUUAUCUUUUUCUUCAUCGUUCGUUUUUUCUUCUUCUACCUUUGCUAAUUUUAUAUCUUUUCGCUCUUCUACUUCCUUUGACUUCUCCCUUUUCUUCUACUUUUCUAUAUCCUUCGUUUUAUUCUUUCAUCUUGUUUCUUCGUCUUUUUUCUUCAUUUUAGUUAUUUCUCCUCGUUUCCUCUUCUAUUCCUUACUUUCUUUUCGCGUUUGCCUUUUUCUUUCUUCUUGGUCAUCUUUCCUAAUUUUCUUCUAUCUUUUCUUUCGUCAUUUUUUUCUUCGGGCUUUUUCAUGUUCUUCUUCCUCCUUCAUCUUCUAUUUUGACUUACCUUUUCUCCCACCUUUUUACCGUUCUAAUGUUCAUUUUUCUUCUGUCGUCUCUUGUCAAAUUUCUUUUAAAUUUUUCGGUCAUUUCAUUUAUUCUUCCUUUCUUUCAUUUUUGUCUUCUUCAUUUCUAUAUUCAUACGCCUCCUCGUUCUUCUUCUUCUUCUUUUUCUUCUUCUUCUUCUUCUUCUUCUUCUUCCAGCUCCUUUUUUUUUCUUCUUUUUCUAUCUUCUCGUUUCUACAUCUUCUUCUUCCACCUCAUUUCUUCUUCAAUUUCUUCUUCCAUCUCUAUUCUUCUUCUUCUUCUUCUUCUUCUUCUUCCUCUCGCUUCUUCUUCUUCUUCGAUCUCGUUUCUUUUUCCUCAUCUUUUUAUGCUUCUUCUUCCUCAUCUUCUUCUUCUUCCAUCUCGUUUCUUUCUCUUCUUCUUCUACUUCUUCUUCUUCUUCCAGCUCCUUUCUUUUUCUUCUUCUUUUUCUAUCAUCUCUUUUCUUCAUCUUCUUCUUCCACCUCUAUUCUUCUUUUUCUUCAUCUGCUUAUUCUUCUUCUUCAUCUUCUUCUUCUUCCCUCUCGCUUCUUCUUCUUCUUCUUCGAUCUCGUUUCUUCUUCUUCUCCUUCAAUCAUUUUUACUCCUGUUUUAUUCUAUUUUAUUAAAUAUUCAAUAUUCUUCUACUUACUUUUAUUCAACAUUUACAGUCGUCUUAUUCUACUGCCUUCUUAUUCUUUUACUUUCUCUCAUUUUUCGAGCUUCCAUUUCCUCUCUUUUCUAUUACUUUUAUUUUCUCCAUUUAUUUUCCCGCCUUCGAUUUUUAUUCCCCUGUCUUCAUAUGUCCUCUCCACCUUGUCCUGCAUUCCUUCCCUUCCUAUUCUUUCUACCUUCGAAAGCAAAGACCUCCCCCCCACCUCUACGCUUUCUGGAGGCGGAGGGAAAACGACUAAUAUUGAUUGUUACCAUUAUAAUGCAUAA